UGGCUCGCAGCCGCAUGGAAGACCUGGGCAAGCCCACGGCGUGGCUGCGGGCGGAGCUGGCCUCCCCUUCCCCCCGUCUGCACAUCCUCGACUGCCGCAGCCGGGAGCUGUACGACUCGUCCCAUGUGGAGCGGGCCCUGAGCGUGGCCCUCCCGGGCCUCCUGCUCCGCCGCCUCCGCAAGGGGAACCUCUCGGUCAGGGCGCUGCUCCCCGGGCCGCCGUGCGGACUCGGGGGGGACACCGUGUUGCUGUACGAUGAGGGGACGCUCCACCUCUCCCCCGUGAGGGACCCGGAGGAGGACGUCGAGGAGCCGGUGCUGAUGACCUUGCUGCAGAAGCUCCAAGAGGAAGGAUGCCUGGCUUACUACCUUCAGGGAGGCUUCAGCAAGUUCCAGGCCGAGUGCCCGCACCUUUGUGAGACCAACCUGGACCCAGCCAGUGCCAGCAGCUCGCCCGUGCCCGUGGCGGCCUCCGUCGUGGGGCUGGGGGGCUUGAGCCUCAGCUCGGACUGCUCAGACGCCGAGUCGGAGCCCCUGAGCAGCGGCAUGGAGUCAGAGGGGGCCAGCCCCCCCUCCUUCCCCGUACAGAUCCUGCCCAACCUCUACCUGGGCAGCGCCCGCGACUCCGCCAACAAGGACACGCUGGCCAAGCUGGGGAUCCACUACAUCCUCAAUGUGACGCCCAACCUGCCCAACCUCUUUGAGAAGAAUGGUGAUUUCCACUACAAGCAGAUCCCCAUCUCGGACCACUGGAGCCAGAACCUCUCGCAGUUCUUCCCCGAAGCCAUCGAGUUCAUUGAUGAGGCCCUGUCUCGGAACUGCGGCAUCCUGGUGCACUGCUUGGCUGGGAUCAGCCGCUCGGUCACCGUCACUGUCGCCUACCUCAUGCAGAAGCUCCACCUGUCCCUCAACGACGCCUACGACCUGGUGAAGCGCAAGAAGUCCAACAUCUCGCCCAACUUCAACUUCAUGGGGCAACUGCUGGACUUUGAGAAGUCCCUGGGGCUCAACCGGGGAAGCCGACGCCCCGCCGCCUCCGGCCAGAGCUUCUUUACCUCCCCCACCGAUGACAGCGUCUUCGAGCUGGACCCGACGUAG